AUGCCAGACGGUAAUGAGAAAUUGCUACGCACGCAAUCAUUGGUGCAAAUAAUGGGGCAGCACUUGGAAUGCUUGCCGGAUCUCCUCACAUGCUUGGGAACAGGGUAUGAUAUGCGCGAAUUGGGGUCAGCAUUGGGAGCUCGAUGGUUCGAAAGCAUUGUCCAGUCGUUCUUCGGUGCCCACUUCGCGGAGAUGCGCCAUCUAUUGCAUGUCACGUCGACAUUGAUUACAGGCUCUUGUGCGAGACAGAUGCUCACUGGUCAAGGAGCAACACCGAACGAUCUCAAUCUCAUUACUCCACUGGGUUCUGCAGAGAUUCUCUAUGCCAGCCUGGUCGGGGAUUUGCAGUAUGAAAGGUUUGAAGUGUGCGCGCGCCCCAACUAUGCUUUCACGAAGGUGGUGAAAGGUUUCACUAGAUUUCGAAAAGGAGAGAUGAUCAUUACAAUCUCGGAGGCAGAAGGAGACAACUUGUUCAAGGUCGUGGUGUCCUCUCCCACAACGGUGGACAUGACAGUGAUGACGCCUGGUGGCUUGGUGAUGUUUUAUCCGGCUUGGACGUUGAGCAAAGAUAAUGUCGGCUGCAUGGCGAAAGAUGGUUUCAGGGUGGAGAGGUCGACGGACUUCCUAGGUGAGGAUUGUGGGAAAGCAUGCCCGGCGCUCUGGCGCAGCGUGUUGGACCAUGGCGAGCAAAUGUUGAUGUUAGAGUGGGACGAGAGAUUCAGCAUCAAAAAGGUGGUGGAUGGCUCGCAGACGAUGUGGUGCUUGAUAGUACAUUGUGAGAAUGAUCUGUGUGCUUACAACCCAAAGAACAACCCUCGGUCGAGGCAGCUGAUGCCGCAUCGCACUCCAUCGGGCAUCACAGAGAUAGAGGUGCAGGAGGCGCGGAUUGCGCAACACUGGCCUGAUUACCAAGGGAUAUUGCAAGGUGUUUUGUAUGCCACAAGUGCAAAAAAGGCCCAUCUGGUGUCUAUACCACUGCGAGACGGUGUGGAUAGUCUGGUCGACAUGUCCCAGCUGGACGUGUCUCACUGGGUCGAUCAGCUUGGACCAGAGCGCCUGAUCAGCUCGACAGGGCAGUGCCGAAAGACAUACAAUGUGAUCGCAGACAUCCCAGAGGGCGGAACGCUGCCUGGGUACACAUUUUUUCGCGAGCAUCCGUUGGUUUAUGGGCCACCCAAUGCACUGAUUCGGGAGGUUGGACGUAUCACAUCGAAUGCGGACAACAUCUUGGGAAAUGUGCUGGUGGUGAAACAUACACGGCAUAUGAAGAAUGAAUUGAUGGAUUGUGAGGAAGACAACAUCCCUUGGAUCGGGAUUAUUAAGCAGUGUGUGAGGGACUCCACCUUCUGGUAUUAA